UCCAAAUUUGCGUUGCGGCCUUGAUCGCGAAACCCUAGUGGGAGCAAAAUCAGAGAAUGGGGUCUGAGUUGGAAGAAAAGACGAGGUCGUUUAAGAGUUUGGGGCUAUGCGAUAAACUGGUGAAGGCUGUUGGUGAACUGCAAUGGAAAGCCCCUACCCCUAUUCAAGCGGAGACGAUACCUCACGCCCUCGCAGGCAAACACUUGAUCGCACUUGCCCAAACGGGUUCGGGUAAAACCGGAGCCUUUGCUCUUCCGAUACUGCAAGCUCUAAUGGAUUCUCCUCAAAAAGCCUUUUUUGCUUUGGUUCUCUCCCCAACAAGGGAGCUUGCUGUUCAGAUCAGAGACCAGUUUGAAGCCCUCGGCGUCUCGAUUGGUGCCAAGUCUGCUGUGCUUAUUGGAGGACUGAACAUGGUGGAAGAAUCUAAGGUUCUUGCAAGGCGGCCACACAUCAUUGUUGCGACACCCGGACGCCUCCUUCAUCAUCUGCGUGACACAAAGGGAUUUUCUCUUCGCACAGUGAAAUAUCUGGUUUUAGACGAGGCAGACAGGCUGCUUGGUGAUGAAUUUCAAAAAUCGACAGAUGAAAUUCUGAAAUCCCUCCCUCGUGGUGAUGAACGGAUCACAUAUUUAUUUUCUGCUACAAUGACCAAAAAGGUCAAGAAGGUUGAAAGAGCUUGUCUAAGGAACCCUGUGAAGAUUGAAGUAGCAUCCAAGUACUCUACGGUUGACACACUAAAGCAGCAUGUAUUGAUGGCGCCGUUCAAGCACAAGGAUUGCUAUCUCGUAUAUAUUCUUACUAAGAAGUGUCAGUGCACAACAAUGGUUUUUACUGAACAAUGCGCCACAACACCCUUUUUGGCUUAUACACUUCGAAAUCUUGGAAUUAGGGCCAUCCCUCUUCAUGGUGAUAUGAGCCAGCAAAAAAGACUUGGAGCCUUAAACAUGUUCAAAUCAGGACAGUGUAAUGUACUUGUCUGCACUGAUGUGGCAAGUAGAGGAUUGGAUAUUCCAUCGGUGGAUAUGGUUAUUAAUUAUGAUAUUCCCAAGAACACUAAGAAUUACAUCCAUCGAGUAGGAAGAACUGCUCGUGCUGGACGAUCCGGGGUUGCAAUCACUUUCGUGGGCAGUAUUCUUGACUUACCAGGGUAUUCCCAGAUAGAAUCGCUUAUUGGCAAUAAGUUACCUCUAUUUCCUGCUCCAUCUGAAGAAGCCUUACAAUUUCUAGAAAGUGUCAGGGAGGCUAGAAGAUUGGCCACCUCGAAAAUGAAAGAAAGUGGAGGCAAGAAGAGAAAGUGGGGAGGAAAUGAUGAUGAGGAGGAUAUUGUAAAGUAUUUAAGUAACCAGGCUGGAACGUCCAAGAAGAAGUUCAACAAAAGGUUCAAGAAAUGAUGAAAGAUUGCCUUCAUAACCCUGGAAAUGCAGUUUCUCUUUAUGUAAAAUGAACGACAUUUCUCUUGUUCUCCUUUCUUCUGACUUAAGGAAUUGGGUUUUUAUCUCUGCUUUUGCGAGGAAACUAAUUUAGUGAGACUAAUAUCAUCUUGAUGAUAGACCUAAUUCGAAUUA